CAAAAUGUACGAAUCAUUUCAAGCAUUUCGACCCCAUUUUAAUGCUCUUGCGAGAUUUGGGUAUUUUAAAAUUGUUUUAAAUAGAGAAGUCACAUGGAAAGACACAUUACAUUAUUGCUAUCGAAUUUUUGUUUGGAUUUGCGUAAUAACAUAUAACUUACAACAUAUCAUACGAGCAAUACAGGCUCGAAACUGUACCAAGCAGCUCGUCGGAACUCUAUUCAUAUUGCUUACAACUUUGAAUACCCUUGGGAAACAAUUAUCAUUUAAUGUACGAGUAAAACGCGUUGACAAUAUUAUUGCUUUAAUCAAUGACUCGCUGUUUGCGCCAAAAAACGCUUACCACGAAGAUAUAAUGCGAUCAAAUGCAUCAUCAAUGUCUCGCCUUUUAAUGACCUAUCAUACUGCAAUUUUCAUAUGUAGCGCUCUCUUUAUAGGCUAUCCAAUCAUAGAUAAAGCUUUAGGUAAUGAAGUUUACCUUACUGGAUAUUUUCCGUUCGAUACAAACGUCUCACCAAGGUUUGAGAUAGCUGUUACAUAUUUGGGCAUACUCAUAUCAUUACAAGCUUACGGACAUGUAACGAUGGACUGUACAAUUGUUGCAUUUUAUGCUUUUGCUAAAAUUCAGCUACAAAUCUUAAGAUAUAAUUUAAAACAUCUUGCCGACGAAUUUCAACACAAAGGAGCUAUCUUUAAAAGUUUUGCCGAUGACGAUUCUGAAUUCAGACAAAUUUUCCACAAUAAAUUUGUCCACUGUAUAAAACAUUAUGAACGUAUCGUAUGGUAUGUUAAUGAAAUCGAAUUUAUAUUCAGUGAAGCAAUGAUCGUCCAGUUUUUCAUAGUAGCCUGGGUCAUUUGCAUGACUCUUUAUAAGAUAGUUGGACUUCCAUUAUUUUCGGCAGAAUUCGUUUCAAUGGCUAUGUACCUUGGUUGCAUGCUGGCGCAGCUUUUUAUUUACUGUUAUUAUGGAACACAUCUUAGAGUUGAAAGUGAAUUGGUGAACGAGUCAAUCUAUCAAUCGGAUUGGUUGGCCUUCUCUCCUGGUUUCCGUCGUCGCCUGCUUGUGAUGAUGGAAAGUUGCAAACGUAUGAUUGAGCCUCGAAUAGCCCGCGUGAUUCCUUUAUCUGUGGAUACUUAUAUUUCUGUCUUAAGGUCCUCCUACGCACUCUUUACGAUUCUUAAUCGUAAAUAA